CAUCCACAGAUGGUGUUGAGUAGAGCGAGCAGCAGGCUCACUACGAGAUCAAGUGUGGGAGUGUGUGUUUGUUUGUGAGAGACUGAGAGGGAGAGACCCACUGUGUUGUAAAGCCAGCAGGGUAGUCUCUUGUCUGAGCACGGAAAAAGUGUGAAGAGGAGGAGGGAGUUUUGGAGGAAAAUAAAAUAAAGGAGCUCUCUAUAUCUUCUGAAGGGUAAAAAGCCGGGAAAGCAAACAUUAAUGACCUGACAAGAGAUCACGCUGCUUUCCGUUGCUCCGGUGUUGAUCAGACAGGCAUACCGUGGAGCCGUACUCGGACACCUUUGCACUUACCCUCCCUCCUCUCGCUGCCCUCCACCCACUGAUGAGGAUCUCUCCAGCUGCAGGCAGACUCGGGGGGCCUCGCUGACAGCUAGAAGUCUGGAGGACCAAAGUGGACACUUGCCCCUUUUGUGGCAUUCCAUCAAACUAAGUCUUCCUUGGAUAUUUCCUUUCUUUUAAAGCGGAGGCGGCGUCUUAGUUUUGAGCUGACCCCUCAAAGCUCCCCAUUUUCCCCCCUAGGAGCAAAGAUGAGCUGUAGGAAACGGUGCAAGCGUGAGAUCUUCAAGUUCGCACAGUACCUGUUCAGACUUAUCACAGGCACGCUCAACACCGACAGCGUUGAAGAUGAGCUGGAACUCUCUGCAGUCCGUCAUCGCCCCGAGGGCCUGGAGCAGCUUGAAGCACAGACACGGUUCUCCCGGAAGGAGCUACAGAUCCUUUACCGCGGCUUCAAGAACGAAUGUCCGAGUGGAGUCGUCAAUGAAGACACCUUUAAAGACAUCUACGCACAGUUUUUUCCACAAGGAGAUGCUUCGACGUACGCACACUUCCUGUUCAACGCGUUUGACACGGAUCACAACGGCUCCCUGAGCUUCGAGGAUUUCGUGAUGGGGCUUUCGAUCCUGCUGCGAGGCACGGUCCAAGAAAAGCUCAUUUGGGCUUUCAACCUUUAUGACAUCAAUAAAGAUGGAUACAUCACUAAAGAGGAAAUGCUGGACAUCAUGAAGGCAAUCUACGACAUGAUGGGUAAAUGCACAUACCCCGUCCUAAAAGAGGAAACUCCUCGCCAGCACGUAGAAGUAUUCUUCCAGAAGAUGGAUAAAAAUAAAGACGGCGUGGUUACCAUAGACGAGUUCAUUGACUGUUGCCAAAAUGAUGAAAACAUCAUGCGAUCGAUGCAUCUCUUUGAGAAUGUUCUCUAGCUUUUGGCCGCCUGCCCAAGCUUUGGAGAGGAACAUCAUCUUUAGCAUGGCCCAGUUACUGACUUGGACUUCUUACUGUGUACAGUGUGCUAUGCAGACUUUUGACCAUCGAUAAAAUAUUGUUCAUUAUUACUGUUAGGCCACAAUUAGGAAUAGGGAGCAUGUUGGGAAGACUCUGGAAUUACUUUUCUUUUAAGAUGUUUAAAUAGGAUGUAAAAUGAAUAUUUAAAAAGGAGGUAAAUUAAAGACAAACACAAAGUUCCACCUUUUCAGCCUUGUUUUAUUUACUGCCAUGUAAAAUCACUGUGAUUCACAGCUUUAGAUAUUUGAACAAUCUGCUCUGAGUUCUAGAGUAUUCUUACCUGACUUAGGGAAAGGCGUGUGGUCUGUGGUUUUACUCUUUAUGUAGAGAGGAGAAAACAAACACGUUGUACCAUUUUAAAUUGUACAUACUAAAGAUAGGACAUUAGAUAAGAAGUCUAUGAGAAGAUUUUUCAAAUUUGCUCUUGUUUACUUGCCAACUAGACAACACAAGGAUUGUAUUGAUGUCAAAAUUGGACCAUAACUUAAGCACACAGGUACAGACGUGGAUGAACUUGUUGGCACCUCUAGUAAAUAAAGCUUAUAGAAAGCCUUAAAAUAAAUUGUGUUAUUGCAGUAGCAUAAUAUCACAUUAAGAAAUUUUGCAAAAUACAACCUUUAAAUUAUUGUUAUUUUUUUCCCAGGAGUGAUAUAAAACAUUCACAUUCUUUAGAUCCUACUCCUCCCGAUGUUUUUUUUUUUUUUUUUUGGCAUCUUACUACUUUUUCUGCUAUUUUCAACCAUUUAAGCAUCAAAACACCCCGCUGUGUCAUGACAUAACCUGUGCUGUUUAACUUAUAUAUCUUUUAAAACAUUAAAGGGUCCUGGUCACAUAUUUUCACCAUUAAAAGGAAACAAAAAAAAAAA